GCUCGAUCAAGUCCAAAGAAGAUCUGUCUGAACGGAUCCGACCCGGCGGUCAUGAGCUCAAGCAGUCAUAGCAUUGGCGGUGGACGCGGCGGCGGCGGCAUUGCCGGAGUAUUGGGUCCGUGCGGAGCAUGCAAGUUCCUGAGGAGGAAGUGCGUGGUGGGAUGCAUUUUCGCUCCAUUCUUCGACCCGGAACAGGGCUCCUCUGUCUUUGCAUCAGUUCACAAGGUGUUCGGAGCUAGCAACUUUUCCAAGCUCCUCCGUCACAUUCCGCCCCACCGCCGCCCUGACGCCGUCGUCACCGUCUGCUUCGAGGCUCAGGCUCGCCUCCGUGACCCUGUCUAUGGCUGUGUUUCUCACAUCUUCUCCUAUCAGCAACAGGU